GGAGGAGUGAGGUGGGGUAUUCCAAACCAGGUCCCACAACAAAUCACAGAAAACAAGAACACGAAGGACAUAAAGAAAAAUCCCAAAAGGGUGCUGAGCAUUAUUAUCCUUCAAAGAUAAAUAUCAUUUAUGACUGAGCUGAAGGACGUUUCAGAUUAACCUGCAGCACGUUUGGUUUGAGGAGUCUGCACCAAGAGGAAACUUCUGCUUUUAAUUGUAAACUGAAAACAAUCGAGGACUUUUAACUGGAAGCAUCAUGUCUCAUUCACAAGUUGUGAUCGUGCUCCUGUGUUGUCUACCUUUGGCAGCGUGUUUGCACUGUUACACCUGUGUGUUCCCCUCCAUCUCUCCUCUGGACUGCUUCAAGUUCCCUCAGGAGUGUCCAGCUGGGCAGCGCUGCCUGUCCAGCACCGCCACGGGAAGACGCGGUGCCCUACAGGUGACGAUGUACGAGAAGAGCUGUGCGGUCCCCUCUCAGUGCGGUGUGAGCGGGCAGAAAUACGCCUCGGGCCUCUACUUCAACUACACCAACGUGUGCUGCGACACAGACCUGUGCAACGCAGCCGAGUCCACUGCUGCCCUCAGCUGGGGGCGAGUCGCUCUCUGCCUGCUGCCUGCACUCUCUCUCCUGCUGGCCUGAACACCCGAGGGGGGGUGACAGGGGGGAGGGGGGAGGGGGGAGGAGGCCGGGUCACACAUCACAGGAAAUAUCAAAGAUGUUACAGUGUCAUAAAAGGAUGUUGUUGUUUUUUAAAGCUUUAACCGGGACCUUGUCCUGGUGGAAGCCCCGACCAUAACAUUGUUGUGAAGUGAUUAUUUGAAGCCUUUCUCAUCUGAUAUAAUCAUUUAUAUUCAUAGUAUCCCCUAUUCCACUUAACAAAAUGUGUUUGACAGAGGUGUAAAGUCAUUAAAAAAACAGUUGUACACGACAUUACCAAUAUCAUAAAUAUAGC